AGUUUUUGAGCGACACCUGUCCCGUCCAGUAGCGCCUCGAUCGCCUAAUAAUCAGAAAUAAUUCGGUUAUGUUUUUGUAAACACGUAGUUCUAGUUUAUAUUAAUGUUUAAUACCUUGAUUGUUUUAAUUACCACAAUGGCUGUGUUUUUUUAAACGUGACGUCUACUACAAAAGCGUCUUCCUGCGUUUUUGUUCUGUGCAUGAUUAAAAGAGUGAGGUUUUCGUUUAUGAUGAUAGUGUUGUACUUUUUAUCUGCGGUUAUACAUGCUCUAUAAAUUGUGUGACAUUUAAAUAAACGCCACUGUAUGUCAUUUAUUUUGUACGGGUAACUGACCGUCUUGCAUUAGAUGAGGGGUUUUGUUGCGAACCCAGUAUUGAAUUCGCGACAGAACACACCUACGUGUUUAUAAAUAGCUCGUAUCCGUCAACAAGACUCCGUGUAAUAAUAAUAAUAAUAAUCCAGCGUUUCGUGCUGUUUGUGUUGCAUGUUUCCAUUCUUAACGACAAAACCGCUUUAGCCUUUAGCGUUGAAAACGGCGGGGACAAAGUCUCCAGGGCGUCUCCGGGGCUGUGCUGCCGCUGGACAGGUACAGAAGGAGGCGACAGGUUAAAAUUUAACUCCACGGGAGAAGCGGCUUUAUCGUGGCGUGCAAUCCGGCUCGGGGCGCGCCGGGAGGAAAGAUGGAGGGGCUCUUGCUCAGCAGCAACCGCAGACGGUAAACUUCGUCAGAGCGGAGGAGACCACGACCGGCGGCCGGUUCACCUUGAGUGUAUGAAGGCCUUACAAAGGGAGGGACCUUACACAGAGGCCAUCUGUACAGGUGGCAGGCUGACAGGUCAAGGAGAGGAGUGUGUUUAACCGGAAGUUUCAAGGACCAUGCUUUCUGCAAACUGUUUCCAUCAUCUCUCCGUCCACCGUCACAAGCUGGCGGCAGCGCGCCGGCUGAGAUCGCUGAGCGCGGCCGUGUGGCCCCACCCGGGGCCGCCUCCUCGCCGCUACCCCCCCGCGGAGACCCCGAGGAGGAGGUACAGAGCAGGAGCCCAGUCCGGCCCGAUGGCGGCGUCCCAGAUGAGCCACAUCCUGAGGACGAACGAGUACAGCUUCGGGGUCCACGAGCUGGACGGCAGGAACGCCAGCCCGGUCCUGGGGUUCGACAGCAACCUCCUGCCCUCGAACGUGCCCAGCGAGGACCGCAGGAGCGCCGCCACCUGCCUGCAGAGCAGGGGGAUGCUGUUCGGCGUCUUCGACGGGCACGCCGGCUACGCUUGCGCGCAGGCGGUCAGCGAGCGACUCUUCUACUACAUAGCGGUGUCUCUGUUGCCGCUGAAGACGCUGAUGGACAUCGAGGAGGCGGUGGAGAACGAGCGGCCCGUGUUCCCCGUCUUGCAGUGGCACAAGCACCCCAACGACUACGUCAGCACGGACGCCGGGAAGCUGUACUUCAGCAGCCUGCGGACCUACUGGCAGGAGCUCAUCGAGCUGCACGCCGGCGAGCACCACAAGGACAUCGGCGCCGCCCUGGUGGGCGCCUUCCAGAGGCUGGACAGCGACAUCUCGCUGGAAGCGCAGGUGGAGCUCGGGGACCCCCUCUCGCACUACACGCCCCUCAGGGUGGCGAUCUCGGGGUGCACCGCCUGCGUCGCCCACGUGGACGGGCUGGACCUGCACGUCGCCAACCUGGGGGACAGCCGGGCCGUGCUGGGGGUCCAGAACGGCAACGGCACCUGGUCCGCCUUGACCGUCAGCAACGAUCACAACGCCCAGAACCCCGAGGAGCUAGAGAGGGUACGCCUGGAGCACCCGGUGGCGGAGGAGAAGACCGUCGUCAAACACGACCGGCUGCUGGGGCUUCUCAUGCCUUUCCGGGCUUUUGGGGACAUCAAGUUCAAAUGGAGCGGCGAGCUCCUGAGCAGGGUGCUCGACGCGCGCCCGGACAUACUGUCUGCGAACGAAUAUGCCAGGAUGCUCCCUGCAAACUACCACACCCCUCCCUAUCUCACCGCAGAGCCGGAAGUCACGUCUCACAGGCUCCGGCCUCAAGACAAGUUCCUGGUCCUGGCCACGGACGGCCUGUGGGACCUGAUGCACAGGCAGAACGUUGUUCAAGUGGUUGGGGAGCACUUAACGGGAAUCCACUGGCAGAAGCCGGUUUCCGGGACCUCCUUCACCCUGGGACAGAUGCACAGCUUACUGGCGGAAAGGAAAUCCCGGGCCUCCACGGCUUUUGAAGACCACAACACCGCAACGCAUCUGAUACGCCAUGCCCUGGGAAGCGAUGGUUUUGGAGGCCUGGAUCCUAGGCGCUUGUCCAGGAUGCUCAGCCUGCCUCAGGAGUUGGCUAGGAUGUACAGAGAUGACAUUACAGUUACUGUAAUCCAGCUGAACACUCCCAUCAUUGAAGCACAGUGUAAAGCAGCUGCCUUGUAAAUGCUGAGCUCCCACUACCGUUUCAUGUGGGAACAGUAAAAUCAUUUUAUAAAAUUGACUGGGAACACGAA